AGUUGUUCUCCCCUCCUGCCAGUGGGCCAUGGAGUUGGUGGCACAGUAACGUCUGAGGUGUGAGGAUUGCGGGGCCGGCGGCCAUGGAGGCCGUGCUAAACGAGCUGGUGUCUGUGGACGACCUGCUGAAGUUUGAAAAGAAAUUUCAGUCUGAGAAGGCAGCAGGCUCGGUGUCCAAGAGCACGCAGUUUGAGUAUGCCUGGUGCUUGGUGCGAAGCAAGUACAACGAUGACAUCCGUAAAGGCAUUGCACUGCUGGAGGAGCUAUUGCUCAAAGGGAGCAAAGAGGAGCAGCGGGAUUAUGUCUUCUACCUGGCUGUGGGGAACUACCGGCUCAAGGAAUAUGAAAAGGCCCUAAAGUAUGUGCGAGGGCUGCUGCAGACAGAACCCCAGAACAACCAGGCCAAAGAACUGGAACGGCUCAUUGACAAGGCCAUGAAGAAAGAUGGACUGGUGGGCAUGGCCAUUGUUGGAGGCAUGGCCCUGGGUGUGGCGGGACUGGCUGGACUCAUCGGACUUGCUGUAUCCAAGUCCAAAUCCUGAAUGAGACUGCACCUCUGCCUCUGCCCAGGGAUACAUGGGAGCCCAUGGAGAUCACUCAGAGAGGGGCCCAUCUGUUCUCGCUGCGUCCCUGUCUUCUCCUGCACCCUGUCACUGUCCUCUGUGGCCUCAACCUCCUCUCCCCAAGAUCUGUCCUCUAGCCCCAGAUCGUGUGCUUUAGGAUGAGUGUAAAUAAAAUUGGGCUUUGACUUGCGAA